UAUGUGUGGAAUUGGAAAACCCACUGGUGUCGUCAGGUGAGGAUUUUCCUUCAUGGUAGGUAUAAAGCUACUGCUCGCAGCACACGGUGUACAGAGACGCAUACCGAGAACAGAGAGUAACUCAGACACAAUGGCCCAGAUUAAUGGUGUAGCUGUAACACUGGUGCUGCUUCUGACAGUCAGUCUGUUCUGUCAAGACACUGCUGCUUGGGCAUGUUGCAGGCGAUACUCCAAAGGUCAGCUCCCUGUAAGUUUAAUCCAAGGAUAUUCAAUCCAGACCAUUCAUGGACAAUGCAACAUCAAUGCUAUUAUUUUCCACACAUUUGGAGGCAGAAAAGUCUGUGCUGAUCCUACUCAUUCCUGGGUGAGGCACAGCAUCCAGCAACUCACGACAAAAGUGUUGGCUCUAAAGAAGAACAAAAACCAGCAGUAAAAAAAAGAAAAAGAAAUGCUAUAUUUUGCAUUAAGAAUUUCUGUAUCUAUCUAUAUAGAGGUCUUAUAUUGUUUCAUAUAUUCUUUAUGAAGAAGCUUUAUGAUUUAUGCAGUUUGCAUAAUGUAUUUUUGUAUAUGUGCAACUUAAUUAAGUAC